ACACUGUGUCCCCUGGAGAUCUUUCGGCACUGAUCUCCUCUGCCAUUUGUGAGACAGACUAACUCGGCACUCUCAACUUUAUAGAGCGUCUUAUAUUUGCUGUUUUUUAUUCAUAUUCGUUUAUCACCUAGAAGUUGACACCAGUGUAGAGCAUUUCAACUCACACGUCUUCUUCUUUUCUUUUUCACACCUCUGGAUCUUUUUUCCUUCUCUGUUUGGAUCUUAAACUUUCUCAGUCUGGUUCUUUCUUGAUUCCGAGAGCUCUCCUUCCCCUCUCUCUUCCCCUUGGUCUCCCGUCCCUUUUAGCUGUUCCUUUUUUCUGUGCUUUUCUCUGGCUAUGCACCAUGUUGUCUUCUCCUACUGUGAUCCUUCAGCCCUACGGACUCCCAGUUUACCCUCAGACGGCCUCCUGCUACCCCAGCAUUGUUCAGGGUGCUGCUGCCCAGGAGGCGGGGCCAGUCAAUGGUGAUCCUUCACUUCCUCAGGUCUAUGCCCCGCCCCCUGCAUACCCUCCACCUGGACAAGCCCCGCCCACACCUGCUGCCCGACUGCCACCCCUUGAUUUCAGCGCUGCUCAUCCAAAUUCAGAAUACGCAGAUCAUCAUCAGCUGAGAGUCUAUCAGGGCUCUCAGCACGACGGGACGGAGUCUAUAACUGCCAGUAACACGGAUGAUUCUCUGGCACCCGUGACGUCUGACCCACAGUCUCUCAGUGUUUCUGUGGCCUCCGGUAGCGGAGCUGCAGGAGGAAGUGACGAGGAAGGAGGUGGGAAGGCUCAACCUAAAAGGCUCCAUGUUUCCAAUAUCCCUUUUAGGUUUCGAGACCCAGACCUGAGGCAGAUGUUUGGGCAAUUUGGCAAGAUUCUAGAUGUGGAGAUCAUCUUUAAUGAGAGAGGAUCAAAGGGUUUUGGAUUUGUGACGUUUGAGAGUGCAGCGGAAGCAGAUCGAGCCAGAGAGAAGCUCAACGGUACGAUCGUGGAGGGAAGGAAGAUUGAGGUAAACAAUGCUACAGCGAGGGUGGUAACAAAAAAGCCUCAGACGCCACUAGUUAAUGCUGCCGGGUGGAAAAUCAAUCCAGUAAUGGGGGCCAUGUACGCCCCUGAACUUUAUACAGUUGCCAGCUUCCCCUAUCCCGUUCCCACACCAACCUUGGCCUACAGAGGCUCUGGUCUCCGUGGACGAGGUCGAGCAGUUUACAACACAAUCCGCUCCGCAGCCGCCGCUGCCACACCAGCUGCAGUGCCAGCCUACCCAGGAGUGGUGUAUCAGGAAGGAUUGUAUGGUGCUGAGGUCUACGGAGGAUAUCCAGCUACAUAUCGAGUGGCCCAGUCAGCCUCAGCAGCUGCAACUGCCACAUACAGUGAUGGAUACGGAAGAGUCUAUGCCACUGCAACAGACCCCUACCAUCACUCAGUGGGACCCACAACCACUUACGGAGUUGGAACAAUGGCCAGUUUGUACCGUGGUGGCUACAACCGCUUCACACCAUACUGAUCAAAACAAUUCUCUGGAAGUUGACUGUCAAAAAAACGAGACUUCCUGUUUAAAUCACACUGUGCUGAAGAUCUGUUUGAAGUUGAGACUGUAAAUAAUGACAAUAUUUAUUUGGGGGGGAUAUAAUACAACCUGAAAUUUUGAAUUAUUAUAUUUAAGGAUUUUUAUUUAAUUCCCAAUUUAAGAGCCCACCUCCUCCCCCCUAACACUUAUCAGACUGUCUAGCUGAAUAUGGUGUUGUUAUCUGCAGUACAUAUAGUAUAAUCGUAAAAGUGCCAUUAUAUGAAUUUUAUUAUGUAAAUUCUCUGGAUCUGUCGCAUUGUUUCGAGUGCUAAUAUACAGUUGAAAGACUCUACACUCUCAGAAAUAAAGGUAUGCGAGCUGUCACUGGGGUGGUACCUUUUCAAAAGGUACAAAUUUGUACCUAAAGGGUCCAUAUUAAUACCUCAAGGGUACAUAUUAGUACCUAUAAAGUACAAAAGUGUACCUCUUAAAAUUUUUAAGUACUAAUAUAUACUUUUGAGGUAUCAAUAUGGACCCUUAAAGUACAAAUGUGUACCUUUUGAAAAGGUACCACCCCAGUGACACCUCGCAUACUAUUCCUGAGAGUGUAGAGAAACUUCCCCCAAACUGUCUCUGGUGUGUAUAGGGCUGUGUGUUUGCUGGAGUGUCUUUGGUUUGUUUGAGUGUGUGCGUUUUUCUGCUGUCACAUGCAAUACUGUGAGAUACAGCAAUGGCACUGGGAUGGGUGGUAUAUUUUGUCACAAUGUAAUCUACCUCCGAGCUAAACAUCUCUUUAUUCUAAAGUAAUGCAAGCCUGUCAUUUGUUUCAAAAUCUUCAGAAAUCUGCUGUGCUUUCAGCUCUUCAUCUGCUGUUCAGCUUUAUCUGGUCCUGUUACUGUGCUCUUCUCUGUUUCUUUUCUGCUGUGUGUGAUUCUGAUGUUUUUGCUUUUAACAAUAUAAGUUCUGUAUUCCUCUUCCUGUUUUCUCUUCCUUACUUUUACUCCGAACAGCUGUGCUUUACUUCCCACUGUUUCCAUUUUUGCAGUUUCUUAAAGGUCAAGUGCAUUAAUGCCUUAAGAUCAUAAUAAAAGAAUCAUAAUCAUUUCACUUUUAUUUAAAACACCUGUUUUAUUUUUUAUUAAAAGAAGUUUCAAACCAA